AUGUCAACCCCCACCCUGGAACGAGCAGCAGCAAUCAAAAAACAACAGACCGACCUCCUGUCCAGCAUCCCACUAAGAACACUACACAUAGGCCUCUGGAUCCGAUCCGACCCCCCACGUCUGAAUGAUUUUCACUGGGGCUUUUACCUACACACAAGCGCAACAAGCGGGAUGAAAUACCACGUAUCAAGUCUGACUGGAGGCUGGAUACCCGAACAUGGGCCCAACUCAGUUCUCAAGUCUAAUUUCUUCUGUGUGCUUAUUCAAAUCGCCUCCGUUGUCGAGACGAACCUUGCUCUGCUCGAUAACGUGAUGAGGACGCAUGACAAGGAUAUGAAUGGUAUACUGGGUGUUACAUGCCGUGUGUGGUUGGUGAUGAUCUUGGAGAAACUUGUUCAGGGUGGGAUGGUUCGAUGUGAGAAUUUGCAGGCGUUGGAGGAGGAGUGCAUGGCGUUUGGCAAUGAGUAUAGUGCGAGUGCUGCUGUUAAUGAGCAGCCGCGGCCUGUUGUUAAAUCUAGACUUUGUCUUUAA